AGUGUGAGGGACCAAGGUGGCCACCCCACGUUUAGGGAGGUGUGCCACUGGAUUAUGUGGAGUUGAGGGAUUCUUCAGCAGUUCCAUACAAAAAUACAGGAUUUAUUUAACCGGGAAGCACAAUUGGAGUCCAGGCAUAAAAGGAUCUUCAGCAAACUCUAGGCAACAGUUUCAAUUUCUUCACACCAGGUCCAAACAAGGCAACACUGCAUAACUCCGGAUCAAAUAUAUUCCCUUGCCUCACAGCAAGGAUAACUCUUCAACUUCAAUUCAUUUUAAACUUUACAUUUCAAACUUCACAACUUUGCAACUUCCCUGGAUCUCCAGCUCUUCAAUGUCUCCAGCUGUUCCAUUGUCUCCAAUGUUCCCUGAAAACAAACCCCUCCAACAACUGGCUGAGGUGUAUGGAGACGUGUACAGCCUGAGGUGGGGCAGUGAAAAAACAGUGUUUAUAUCAGGAUACAAAAUGGUGAAGGAGGCCCUGGUUACUCAGUUGGACAGUUUUGCAGACCGACCAAUCGUUCCUCUUUUCCACAAGGUCUUUAAAGGGAUUGGUAUUGCCUUGAGUAAUGGGUCUAUGUGGAAGGUGCAGAAGAAAUUUGCCAAUGCCCAUCUGAGACACUUUGGCGAAGGAAAGAAAACCCUGGAGCUUCACAUUCAGCAAGAGUGCCACUACCUUUGUGAAGCAUUCAAGGAGGAACAAGGAGAGCCGUUUGAUCCGCAGUACACGCUGUGCAGUGCAACAGCAAAUGUCAUCUAUUCAGUCGUCUUUGGGCGUCGGUUUGAGUACAGUGAUGAGCAGUUCCAGAACAUUCUCCGGGCAGAUGCUGAGGCGGUUAUAUUGUCAGGGACUGCACAGGCACAGCUGUACAAUGCCUUCCCAGGCCUCUUCCACUACCUGCCAGGUCCCCACCAGACCGUUCACUCCAACUAUCAGAUAUUCAAAGACUUCCUGCGACAGCAGAUUCUGAAACACGUUGAGGACAGGGAUCCGUCAGACCCACGUGAUUAUGUAGAUGUGUUUCUGGGUGAAAUGGAGAAGAGUACUAAUGAGGAGGCAGGAUUUAAUUUGGAGAACCUGAUUGUCUGCACCCUCGACAUGGCUGAGGCUGGCACAGAGACUGUUGCCACUACAAUGCGCUGGGCCCUGUACUUCAUGAUGAAGUAUCCUGAGAUGCAGCAAAAGGUCCAGGCUGAGAUAGACAAUGUGAUCGGCCAGUCACGGUUCCCGAACAUGACUGACAGACCUAAACUGCAUUACACUGAAGCAGUCAUCCAUGAAACUCAGAGGUUGGGAAAUGUUGUGCCACUAGGAUUUCCAAAAAUGGCAUCCAAAGACACCACCCUGGCUGGAUACUUUAUACCCAAGGGAACAGCGAUAACCGCAAACCUGUCAUCUGUGCUCCAUGAUAAAAGUCAGUGGGAGACACCUGAUGUGUUUAACCCUGAACACUUCCUGGAUUCCGAGGGACACUUCCGCAGGAGAGAUGCUUUCUUUCCGUUUUCAGCAGGGAAGAGAGUUUGUCUAGGAGAGCAGCUGUCUCGCAUGGAACUCUUCCUGCUGUUUGCCUCGCUGCUGCAGAGGUUCACCUUCUCCGCAGUCCCAGGUGUGGAGCUCAGCUUGGAGGGAGUGCUAGGCUUCACCUACUCGCCUCCUCCCCACAAGAUCUGUGCCAAGCCUCGGUGAUGUCCAAGCCCUCUUCCUUCAGAAACACACAAAGAAACAAACAAAGAUAGUCUCAACAUAAUACUGGUAUAGGAUCACUUUGAACAUUAACAUCCUGAAAUGGAUGUCAUAUCAUGUGAACCAAAGAACCAUGUAAAGGCGAGAUGUUUAUUUAGAUUAAUGUCUAGCAUGCAUGUCUGAUUGUGAAAAACCUAGUCGUCAUAUAUAAAUCACUGUGUAGUCAAAAAAGUCUUAAAUAGAAAUAGCUCUUUCUUAAGCUGAUGAUACAAAAGGCUACUUUUUGUAGGCUUUUUUAUCCAUGUUUAUGGGUAAUUGUUGCGUAUUGUUGUUUGGGCACAUUUCAAUUGACAUUGGACUUUUGUAAGUGAAGGAUUACUCAUAUAUCCUUCACUUACAAAUAUAUUCCACAGAUACUAAACCUUCCACAGUUGCUUGUCUUUGAAUUACAAAGCUAUUCUGCCAUUACGAAUCUCUGCCGCUCGCACAAGUAAAUUUUCUGCAAGUACAAAUACUUAUGAGACUGUUCUGGCACUUCCUGUUGAAUAGCCUAUGGCUAUGCUAAGGUUUGGCUAUUCAACAGAAAGUGCCAGAACAGUCUUUUGAGUCUAAUAUUCUUCCAUAGUAUGUCAUUUGGCUUCAAAACAAAUGCACAUGUGCAUGUCCAGGGGGAAAGGCUCAAGCCAUGAGAAGUAUUUACAAUGGAAAGGUAAAAUAAAAGUAAAGUAAAGAUGCCUUUAAAAAA